AUGCUGAAAAGCAACGUCCGACUUCAAAAGCUGCCCAAGUUAGCCCGGUACAACGUGAGGUCUCCAACCGAUGACGGACCUGCCCAUAUCCCUCUCGACGACGUUUUCAGAGAUGAAGCCCCUGCCACGAUUUAUGUCGGGAAGAAUGGGCCCGUCCCUUCAUCACAUGCGAAAUCCCAUCUGAUUCGCGCUACGCGUCUUGGCCACCCGUCCUCUCGUCUGGCUUUACACAAGCUCGUGCACGCAUCUCUACGCGCCAGCAAGCAUCAAGAAGCUGCACAUCUUAUUCUCAACGACAAUCGCGGUCCUUUAUUUGUCAGCCAGUCCCAUCGCAUUCAUCCCACCACGCUCGCAAAAGUCAUGCAUGAGCUGAUCGCUUCUGUCCCUCGUCGACAAACACCGCAACAGUGGUAUCGAACACAGGUCAAUCCGAGUAUCUUGCAGUUCAGCGCAGAAAUGGUUUCCCAUCCGGAUCUUCGUCUCGCGUCAGCUCUCCAUCUGUAUGCAAGAGAUAGAUUGGUACCUCGAAGCCCGUUAGUGUCCAAACUUCUUUGGCAAGCUCUGUUGAAUCAACGGGACUGGAUUGCGGCGGCACAUAUGUUCGGAUUACAGGUCCGGGAUUAUCAUGCUCGCAGAACUCUUCCGACGGUGCUGCGCAAUGCGGAGAAGGCCGGGCUGUCAUCUCAUGUUGUCAGUGGGCUUCGUCGAAAACUCGCGGUUUUGAACGCCGAGGAUGCCUCCGUCAGUCGGCCAUUCUUUGGUCAGCUCUGCUACCGGCUCAGUGGUGUUUUAUUCCACAUCAACGGCCGACUCAGGUCUAGCAGUGCCACUGCAAACUCUGAGAAAGUGGUGCCAACGGAUACUGGAACAAAGGCCUUGACUCCAGCUAGGGCCAAGCAUCAUCAGCGAAUGGUGCUGCAGGCGCUCGUCAUCCUGAGCACCAUGGUCGAUCAGCGGCAGGUUCCAUUCGCUGAUGUCAGUGCAUGGAUAAACGCAGCCGGCAUGGUGGGCAUCACAAGUCUCCUUUUCGCCGCUUACGCUGAUCCGUGCCAGAUACCGUUAUCUGCAUCUGCCGAUAUGUGUUUUCAUGUGAACCCACAAAACGCCCGGGCCACUCCUGUCAGCGCCCGAGCGUAUAUGCGUCAAGUAUUAGAAAAUUAUGCCUCAAACUUGCCUCGAACGCCUCAUUUAUGCAGUCAAGUUCUACCAUCUCGUGCAGGCUCUGUCUGGCGAGGACUUCAUCAUCAACUGGAGACUAGUUCUAAACAACGCAUGCCGCCCCAAGACCCCAACGAUGCUUCCGACGAUACGUUCAUGGCUCCUCCCAAUCUGCCCACUUACGAGGCUCUUCUCAGAGUGUUCCUCCACAGAGGAGAGGAACGAGGACUAUACGAAGAAUCCGCUCAUGAUAUUGAAUCUGUCCAGGAUUCAGAAAGUUCUGAGGAUUGGCACUACCAUGCUCCCCGCUCCCCCAACAACUCCGACCCUCUCAACCAAUAUCCCGAACACCUGCUUGACUUCGACGCUUAUCCUACAAGACCGGCGGGGCAAGAGCUUUCCUCGAAAAAUUCUCACACUGUGCAACGACAGGGCGAUCUUGCUGCAGCCGUCCUCCAGCACAUGAUAUUCGAACGCAGCCCACAGCUUGCACCCUGGCAAUCGGACAUUAUCAGGGACUUGCUUCGGUGGAGGUCAAGGGAUCUCGAGAAUGGGCUGAUAGGUCAAGAUCUAUUACAGGUUUACAGAGAUGGCGCUGCCGACUUUGACCGUCGCAAAGCAGUCAUGUCGGCUGCUGCACAGGGAGCAAUGUACGAUGUGGAUGACUCAUACGGAGAUUAA